CCUCUCCUCAACCUUGCUCCACAUACCAUUCCCUACUAUCUACUAUGGGUAAAAUAAAGAACAACAAGAAGAAGCAGAGCCGUCAUAAUGCUACCGGGAUGCAGACGAAUGCCGAGGUCGAAGAGGCACUGAGCCUCCAGCCUAUCCCUGUCGAGACUAUUCUGCCCUUGAUUGCCAAGCUGUCUUCGCCGGACGCGAACGAGCGUGCUUGGGCUGCCGCAGGAGCCAGCAACCUGUUGAUGCACGACGCCGGCACUCGUCGAUUGAUGCUCAGUAAAAAUCUGAUUGGCGCCCUGGUUGAGCGCUUGACUGACUCUGUGCACGAGGUAGUGGUGGAGGCCUUGGGUGCUCUUCGCAAUUUGACAGUUGUUGGUGGUGAUGAAGUCAUCAGCGAGAUGUACAACAAGAACGUCCUUACGCCUGUCGCGGCAUUGAUUCCCGCACUCGGAACCAUGAUUGACAGCAUGCUCAGUGGUCCCGCGACGAACGGCAGUGAGCAGGAAAAGCGCAAAACUGUAUGGGAUUGGGCAGACAAUGUGAUCAGCAUCAUCUGGGCUAUGAGCGAGAACUCGGAAAAGGCGUUGAAGUUCGUCAACAAGCUCAACAUCGUCCCUUUCCUCAUGUCGUUCAUGAGCAAUAUCGAUAAGGUACCGCCCAAGGUUAUUGUUGCCGCCGCCCAGUGUAUCUACACCCUCACCGAUGAUAAUCCAGAUUGCCGAGCUGUAUUUGUCAAGAACACCGACUAUAUCAAGCCAUUCAUGAACAUUUUGACAUUGGAUGUUGAUGUAGAGCAGGAGUUGUUAAUUAAGACACUGGCAUGCGGAAUUGUCAUCAACCUGAGAACUGUCAUCGCUCCCAAGGCAUCAGAGAACGAUUUUACAGACAUCCAUAACGCGGUCCUCCCUGUGUUGAGCGGCGCACUCGGCUAUGAUCUUCAGAAAGCUAGCGUCGAGGCCGCCGCCGCCGCUCAAGUUGUUAACGCGCAAAAACAGGAACCUGAUCUUUCAAAACCAAACCAGCCAGCAAGCACAGAGGAGCAGGCCCUUGCCGCGAUUGAGACCCGCUUGCAGACGCUUCAACUCGCCCUGGAGUUGAUUGCCAACAUUUGCACUGAGAGCGUCGAGGGCGUUGAAGAGGAGGAGGAGGAAGACUGGAAGGACGCAACCGGCGAUGAUGACGAAAUGGAGGGAGACGAGGAUGAAGAUAAUCUCGAGAAUGGGAAUCAGGAUGAUAAGAAGAACGACGGCUUGGAUGAGAGCACCAUGCGGGAAAUGGAACAGUUGGCAGCCGCUUCAGUGGAGACUCCAAUGGACCUCUCUAGUCACCCUAUCAUCAAUAUCUUGAUCAGCACUGUCUUUCCGGCACUUAUCAACCUUGCAACGCCCACACCGCUGUCUUUUCCCGAGCAGAUAAUUCCUACGCCAGUAACAGUUGCACCUGAAAUCACAGCACAGCUAGCCACGACACAUUUGCGGGCAAUCGAGGCGCUGAACAACUUUUUAUUGACGAUGGCGGAUGCGGUCCCUGGCAAAUGGUGGUACAAACAUAGGAAGGCCGAUGCAGAACAAUGCUGGACAUGGCUCUUCCAGCAAGCAGGCGCUGUUGCAGGAAAAGGUGUCCAGGUCGGAGCAGAGGAAAAGGGUCAGGAGAUGCGUGGUGCUGUUCUGGAUGCGAUCGUUGGAUGUCUAUGGACGUUGGCGCGUGGACUGGAUAGUAAUGUGCCAUUGAGCGACUUUCAUGUGCCGGCAUUGAUGGGUGCCUAUUCAUCAACAGCGUCUGACAGCAUGCGUGUCAAGGCUAUCGGAUGCUUGGGAGUGAUUGCUAGGCGGCAAGGCGCAAUCGAGACCAACAAGGUCAUUGGAGAGUUUUUGAUCAAUUUGCUCAAGAGCAACCCGAGCGCAGAGGCGUGUGUUGAGGCUUUGAAUGCUAUCUACGACAUUUACGCGGACGCGGAAUUCGAUUACGACAUGCCCGUAUUUGUACAGGGCAAUUUCAAUCAUGAGCUCAAGGGUAUGGUCAAGAUGACCCGGUUCAUGGCCCGGAAUAUCGACCGACGCAAGAACAGAGAUUUGAGAACUCGGGCGGACGAAGCGGUCAUGAACCUGGUCGAGUUUAUCAAGUACAAGGAGAAGGAGCGUCGGCAAUAAUGCGGGCCGGGCGAGCGACAGAAGGAGUAAGGCCUACCACAUGCAGCCUUACAAUAGAGGGACAAAGUAGAACAGGAUCAGUACAUGAGUAGUAGAAAACAAACUCGAUUCAUUCACACCUUGGCAUCAGACACAAUUUCUUUUUGUAAUAAAUACCAACCAUAACAUCCUUUGAG